CUUAGAAAGUAAACCCUAACCCUAACUAACGUUGGCAAUUCUCUUCUUAUCUACUUCGAAAGAUGAAGCGUCGUAAAUCAGUAGAGGCCGAGGGAUCAAGGAAACGGCCAUCGUCCGAGGAAGAAGAAAAGAUGGCGCGGCGUCGUAGAGCAGCUGAGGCGGAGGAAAAAAGGAAACGUCCAUUGUCCGACGAAGAAGAAGAAGAAGAUCUAGAUUCUGAUACGGAUCAAGAGGCAGAAAAGAGCCAGCCUCCACCUCCACCUCCACCGAAGAAGAAAUUAACCCCUCUUCCUCAAACCCAUUCUUCUUCUGAGGACGACGAUAGUGAAUCUGAGUCUGAGCCUGAAAUUGAUUUACAAAAUAAGUCAGUUCCUGUACCGAAACUUGGAUCUAGUAAGCCGAUGAUGGGGGAUCCCUCAAAAUCUUCCAAAAAACCCAUUACUAAACAAUCUACGGAUUUACAGCAUUCUGCUGGGGUUUCUUCUAAGAGGCCGAGGCUGGAAGAUUCUCCCACUCUAAAGAAGUCAAAGAAGAAGAAGAAGGAAAAAGAACAGGAAAAAGAACAGGAAAAAGAGCAGGAAAAAGAGCAGGAAAAAGAUCUGGAAAAGGACUUGAAAGGGAAGGAAAAAGAGCAGGAAAAAGAUCUGGAAAAGGACUUGAAAGGGAAGGGAGAAGAUGCCAAAAAACAGCUCUUCCAGCGGAUAUGGAGCGAAGACGAUGAACUUGUAAUCCUCAAAGGAUUGAUCGAUCAAGCCGAAAAACAAGCGAUUGCUCCUUCAUCAGUUGAUAUGCAUACAUUUUACAACGUUAUCAAAGGGUCUCUUCAUGUAGUAGAUCUCACCAAAAGUCAGUUGAGUGAAAAAGUGAAAAGAAUCAAAAAGAAGUUUCAGACUAAUCUGAAGAAGAAAAGUAAAACUGGAGUUGAUAGAAAAUUCUCAAAACCUCACGACCAGAGUUGUUUUGAUUUAUCGAAAAAGAUCUGGGGCAGCGACAAUGUUAUGGAGAAAGGAAAGAUGGUUGAUGUUGUUCAAGUUGAUGUUGCUGCUGUUGCUGUUGAUUCUACUCUAUCCGCGGUGAAAAGAAGAUGGAGCUGGACAACAAGUUGAAUCAGAUACAAGUGAAGGAGUUGGAGCUUAAAAUGCUGACACUGGACUACAUGCGAGAUAAGACAUCUUUUAUCCUGGAAGCGUUGCAAUCCGACAUAAAUCUAAGUAAGUAAUUGGUAACAUUUUGGAGACAAUGUUUUUGGUUUCAUUUUGGUUUUUGAAUUUCUGGUUUAUUUUGGUUAUGAACUUUUAGCUUAUUUUUGGUUACAUAGGCCCAUUUGUGCAUGAUCUUACAGUUUUUGGUUCUUGGUUUUAUCAAGAAUAUUUUGAAUGGGCAAUAUAUAUAGUUUCUACUAAGACGAUGCUUUGUUGGUAAUGAAAAUAUAUAUAUGGACAAAUGUUAUGCAUUGA